AUGUCGGCAGAAGGCGAUUUGGAUGAUUUCGAGUCGUGGAUGGCUAUGCAAGGACCCGAAGCUGAUGCUUUGGGUGUAGCUGAUACAGCUGAAACCGCGGAGAGUAUUAGUCAACAGCUGAAGGAGGAGCAGGAAACGAUCGAAGAGCGCUCCGAAAUCCCAGCAAAGCCCGAUGAUAACUUUGAGCCAUGGAAGAUAGAUAUGACCGAAUUCGAUGAUCCUACGCAGAUGUCUUUGGAGCAGCUGGAGGAAAUACAACAGAUGUACUUGCGCCGCUUGGAGCACGAGGAUUUGGAGGAUGGCGAGUUCCUGGAUACGGAAGCCUUGGCGGGACAGAAAGAGCGCUCGCUCUCGCGUCGUCCGGAUCUGGAGAUACAGCGAGCAGUCAACGAUCGCUCCACUGCCCUGCAGCGUUUGCAGGCCGAACGCUUGCACAAAUUCGCAAAGAAAUCGAAUGAAGGCGGCCAACACCAGCAAGACAGAAUCUCUAAGUGGGUGCCUGAUGGCCACCGGGAUCGGGGUAAGCUCAGCAAGAAGGACAAACGUCUGCGGGAAGUGUGCAAAGUAAAGCUUAGAGCUUCGGACAUCUACUCUGACAGCUCGAGUGAUUCGUCCGGCAGUGAGGCAGACAAUGACGAUGAUGGACUAAAAUCGAAGACAAGUCCAACCUUGCGUAGUAAGCUUGAAGAGCUUCAUAAAGUGGUGCUGACACGGAGCCAACUAACUGACUUUGUGGACAAGCCCAUAUUCGAGGAGACGGUUAUCGAUUGCUUCAUCCACAUGCCCGGAGAGAAUCUACAGGCGACAGUCUAUCAGAUAACAAGCGUGGUUAAAGCGAAGCAGCCUUAUCAAUUGGGCAACAAGUUAACGCAUUACAUGCUACGCCUAAGCCACGGCAGGUUUCACCGCUCUGCGCGCUUGGACAGUAUAUGCAAUAAUCCCGUGGAGCCUGAGGCAUUCCAGAAUUGGAUUGCUAACUGCGAGAAGGACAACUGUCCGCUGCCGGAGCUCUCACUACUCGCGAAGAAGCUGCAGGACAUCACAAAGGCCACAGACUAUCAAUUCUCCGAAGAUGAUGUGGCUGCAAUUAUUAAAAAGAAGCGAGAAUCGGGCCAGCGGAAGGAAAAGAUCGCUGUGCUCAAGAUCCGACUGAUCGAGCAGCGCGACUUGGCAUUAUCCAAUAACAAUCAGGAGGAGGUAGCACGCUUGGAGAGCGAGAUUGAGGAGAUCGACCGGGAUCAGAACAAGCAUCGUUUUGGUUACUCAGGAGUCAAGAAGAGGCUCCGUUUUGGGGGUUCACUGAGUAGUGGUCUUAAGCCAUAUGUUCCGAAAAUGACGAUGCCAGAAUCGCAGCAUCGCCGUGAGGCCGCUCUGGUGCCAGCAAUCCCGCGUCCCCAAAAGUCGCGUGGGGCACUCGCCACUGCUGUUGCUCCUCUUCCAGCUGAUGGUGAUGCUGAUAGUUAUCUAUCGAAUGGUGACGUUCCUUCUGUCGAUGUCGCAUGUCCGUAUAUACCGAGAUUACUACAAGUCUCUGACAAAGCCAAAGCUCCAGGGUGUCAAAGCAUCGCUGCACGCCUUUUAAAACCUGUGGCUGCCAAACAAUCAUUGUCUAAGAUCUCACCCAAGCCAAAGAACAUCGAGCUUGAGCGCUUCACGAAGCGCAAAUGCAAGAAAAGCUCGACAGGCAUUCGCAGUCGUGAGUCCAGUGCCGACGUGCCAAAGGUUGAGGAGUCGCAGGAACCACCGAAGAGUACCAUUCUGUACGAGUUGCAUAAUUUUAACGUGGAUAUAGAUAUCUCAGGAUUCUGUGGUGGGUAG